AUGUCGUCUAAACCUCAGCGCAAGAGCCAUUUGCCGCAAGGAAAAUACCUUAAACCCGAGGAAAUCGAAUAUGAAUUCGGUGGUGUUCCUGGUGUGUUUGGGAUGCUCAUUGGUUUCCCAGCAUUGAUGUACUACAUGUGGAUAUCAGCUAAAUUCUACAAUGGAGCAGCCGCGUGGCCCGCUGAAGGUGAAAGUUGGGGUCAAUUCUUGUGCCAUUUGGGUCAAUUGAUUAGGGACAACGCUACUCCAUCCUGUUAUGCAUGGAAGAUCUUUUUGACGUUUUGGGUUGCGCAAAUGGUUUUCUACUACACUUUGCCAGGUGUUUGGACCAAGGGCCAGCCAUUGGACCAUUUGAAUGGUAAGCAAUUGCCAUACUACUGUAACGCGAUGUGGACAUUUUACGUGUCCAACAUCAUUGUUUUGGCGCUACAUUACUCUGGUGUGUUCAAGUUGUACACCAUUCUCGAAAUGUUUGGCGAGAUUAUGACAUGUGCUAUCAUUUCCGGAUUCUCGUUCUCCAUCUUCUUGUACUUGUUCACUUUGUUUGUCACCAAGGACUAUCACAGAAUGACAGGUAGCCAUAUUUACGACUUCUUCAUGGGUGCUCCAUUGAACCCACGUAUCGGAUACUUGGACUUGAAGAUGUUCUUCGAGGUUAGAAUCCCAUGGUACACCUUGUACUUUUUAACCUUGGGUGCCUGUUUGAAGCAAUACGAGGACUACGGUUACGUUAGCCCACAGCUAGGCUUGGUUUUCUUGGCCCACUGGUUGUAUGCUAACGCAUGCUCCAAAGGUGAAGAAUUGAUCGUCCCAACCUGGGAUAUGGCUUACGAAAAGUUCGGUUUCAUGUUAAUCUUCUGGAACAUCGCUGGUGUUCCAUAUACGUACUGCCACUGUACCCUAUUCUUGUACUACCAUGACCCAUCAGAAUACCAAUGGUCAACCGCUUACAACGUUUCUCUAUACAUCACUUUGCUCAUCGCAUACUACUUCUUUGACACUACUAAUGGGCAAAAGAACUCGUUCAGAAAGCAAAUGGCUGGUGAUCUCACCGUUAGAAAGACUUUCCCAUUUUUGCCAAGACAAGUGCUCAAAAACCCAAAAUACAUGGUCACAGAAAAUGGAUCAUACUUGUUAAUUGAUGGAUGGUACAAGUUGGCAAGAAAAAUCCACUACACCGCUGACUGGACUCAAUCUUUGGUCUGGGGUUUGGCGUGUGGUUUCGAAAGUCCUUUCCCAUGGUUCUUCCCUGUUUUCUUCUUCGUGGUUCUUCUGCACAGAGCAUUGAGAGAUGAUGCCAAGUGCAAGAAGAAGUACGGUAAGGACUGGGAAAAGUACUGUAAGGAAUGUCCAUACUUGUUCAUCCCAUACGUUUUUUAA